UUUAUUUUUCUUGUUACAGAUGGAUCUGCGGUUACUUUUAAUAGCAACGUUAUCAGCGGUCCUCUGGGGCAGCUGGGCACAGCAAGAGGGAAGCAUAUGCAUCAAGGCAAACGCACAGUCCUGUGGGGAAUGCAUCCAGGUGGACGAGAAGUGUGGAUGGUGCUCAGACGAAACCUUCCUCACUGUGGGUGAGUCCAAGUCAGCUCGCUGUGAUGAUCUGGAGUCCCUGAAGAAGAGAAAGUGUGAUGUGACCAAAAUUGAGAACCCACGUGGAAGCACUACCGUUAACCAGAACCGACCCGUCACCAACCGCAAGAAGGACACAGCUGAGAAACUGAAGCCUGAGCAGAUCACCCAGAUCCAGCCCCAGAAACUCACCCUUACACUCAGAUCUGGUGAGCCCCAGACUUUUGAUCUGAAAUUCAAGCGUGCAGAGGACUACCCCAUCGACCUGUAUUACCUUAUGGACCUCUCCUUCUCCAUGAAAGAUGAUUUGGAAAAUGUCAAAAACCUUGGUACUGACCUCAUGAGGGAAAUGCAGGAGAUUACCUCAGAUUUCCGGAUUGGUUUUGGCUCAUUUGUGGAGAAGACGGUCAUGCCUUACAUCAGCACCACGCCAGCCAGGCUCAUCAACCCCUGCACAGGAAACCAAAACUGUACCAGCCCCUUCAGCUAUAAGAAUGUCCUCAAGCUGACAGACAAGGGAGACGAGUUCAAUCGGUUGGUCAGUCAGCAGCAGAUCUCAGGAAACCUGGACUCUCCAGAGGGGGGCUUCGAUGCCAUCAUGCAGGUGGCGGUCUGUGAGGACCAAAUCGGCUGGAGGAACGUGACUCGUCUGCUGGUGUUUUCCACCGACGCUGGUUUCCACUUUGCUGGAGAUGGCAAACUGGGCGGCAUUGUCCUGCCCAACGAUGGGAAGUGUCACCUGGAGAACAACAUGUACACCAUGAGCCACUAUUAUGACUACCCCUCCAUCGCCCAUUUGGUUCAGAAACUGAGUGACCACAACAUCCAGACCAUCUUUGCCGUCACUGAGGAAUUCCAGCCUGUUUACAAGGAGUUGAAAAACCUGAUUCCUAAAUCAGCUGUUGGCACGCUGUCCUCAAACUCCAGCAAUGUGAUCAAACUCAUUAUUGAUGCUUACAAUUCUUUGUCAUCUGAGGUCAUUCUGGAAAACAACAGGCUGCCAGAGGGAGUUUCCAUCACCUACAAGUCCAUCUGUAAGAACGGUGUGGUGGGAACCGGGGAGAACGGCAGGAAGUGCUCCAACAUCUCCAUCGGAGACGAGGUGUCCUUCAAGAUUUCCAUUGAAUCCCAAAAGUGUCCAUCGCAUGGCAAGACUGAGACCAUUAAAAUUAAACCACUGGCCUUCAAUGAGGAGGUGGAGAUAGUUCUGAAAUUCAUCUGCGACUGUCAGUGCGCCACAAAUGGAGAGCCCAACAGUGAGAAGUGCCACGAGGGCAACGGGACCUUCGAGUGUGGAGCCUGCAAGUGUAAUGAUGGACGCAUCGGGCGUCUUUGUGAGUGCAGCAAGGACGAAGUGCGGACAGAGGACCUGGAUGCCAACUGUCGAAAAGACAACGGUACAGAUAUCUGUAGCAACAAUGGUGACUGUGUCUGCGGCACCUGCGAAUGCAAGAAGCGGGAGAAUCUUGCAGAGGUCUACAGUGGCAAGUACUGUGAGUGCGACAACUUCAACUGUGACCGAUCGAACAACAAGCUCUGCGGAGGACAUGGGCGCUGCGAAUGCAGGAAGUGCAUCUGUGAUGCCAACUUCACAGGCAGUGCCUGCGACUGUUCCUUGGAGACUUCCACCUGCCUCGCCAAGAACGGGCAGAUCUGUAAUGGCCGCGGUACUUGUGAAUGUGGAGUCUGCAAAUGCACCAACCACCAAUUCCAGGGUCCAACCUGCGAGAUCUGUCCCACCUGCCCUGGUGUCUGCACUGAGCACAAAGACUGUGUGCAGUGCCGAGCAUUUGAGGCCGGUGACAAGAAGGAUACAUGUGAGCGGGACUGUAGCUACUUCCAGCUAAUCAAGGUGAAGGAUCGCGACAAGCUGCCCCAGCCUACAGACCAGAGCUUCCCACUGAGUCACUGCAAAGAGCGAGAUGCCAACGACUGCUGGUUCUACUACACCUAUGCCGUCAGGAACGACACCAAGGAGGUCUACGUGGUGGAAACACUGGAGUGCCCGGCAGGACCUGACAUCAUCCCCAUCGUGGCAGGUGUGGUAGCAGGUAUUGUGCUGAUCGGACUCGCACUGCUGCUCAUCUGGAAACUUCUCAUGAUCAUCCAUGACCGCCGAGAGUUUGCCAAGUUUGAGAAGGAGAAGAUGAAUGCCAAGUGGGACACGGGUGAGAAUCCAAUCUACAAAAGUGCCGUUACAACUGUCGUCAAUCCAAAGUACGAGGGCAAAUGAUGGAGCGUUGCCUUCACUGUGACAUCACUGUAUUGAAAAGAACAUGGGCUGGGGUGAAGGGAGGGGUGGGUUUUAUAAUGCUCUCACUGUUUGUUGUUGUUGUAGUCACCAAAUGAUAGCAAAGAAUUUUGUCACUGUUUCAGUGUGUUUUACUAACUUGUUUUUAUUUUCUAUGCAUCAUCUGAAAUGUGUACAGUCUGUAUAAAUGCGUUUUUAUUUUUUGGGGUUUUUGGGGUUUUUCUUUGGUUGCCUCUGCGCGGAACUUGAGAGAAUGUGUUGAACUGAUUUGUAGUUUUUGGCAAGGUAACAGAAAGCCAUUUUUAUUUUUUAAUAUAGAAAUAUCAAGCCAUCAGUUUUCUGUUGAGGGUUGAAUUGGAUGUUGAUAAUGGGCAACAAAUGGAGAGUUCCUCUCAAAGUAACCAUGUAUACAAUGUUAAACACGUGGCUGUCUAUCAGUCAAUAUUUCAAAAACACAGGUGAGUUUAAGAAGGUCUUAAGAUUGAUUUGCUGUGGGAGCAAAGGUCUUAUUGUGUCUGUCAUAAUUUUGACUGAGUCACACUCUUUCUGAAGGUCUCUGGAUUGAAACUCUUCAAAUGUAGCACCAGUUGGCUGUGUGCAGUAGCUAUGAAAUGUGUACAGGAUGUUUUGGUUUCUGUGUAAAGCCAUAUAUGUAUUCACAGAACUGGAUUGAAGGCGAUGGUGUGUAUUAUUUUUAUUUUUUUUCCUGCGUGACUUAAUCCAUCUGAACAAUCGAAAUGUAUCUUUGUCUAGAAAAGAUAUUUUCUUGGGCAGCCUUUGUAGAGUAAAGGACGUCAGUGUACAGUAGUAUUACUCUUUGGCUCCAGGUUUUACUCGCUUAUUUAAAGCUAACUCAGGUCCUUAAUUCAUAGCAAUGCCAAAUGCACGCAAACCUGCCUUAUGUGCUCACUAAAUUUGCCUUAUUUUAUUUGUAGGAUAUGAACUGGGAAGGUGUCCCACUUUUUUCUAUGUCAGUAAUUCUACCCAACUGCUUUGUGGUGCCUCGAUCAAACAUUUUAUUGGAAAUAAAUGGCGAUAAUGUAAUUUUAGUUUUAAAGAUCAGUGGUAAGGGAUUUAUCUAUCGAUCUGGAGAAUUUUGGGGUUUUAUAAAGGAAAAAAAGGUUACACCUGUCACCAUUGUUUUUAAGUGCCUUUUUUAUUUCAACACAUUCACAUUUGCAAUUCGUAUUUCUGGAAUUAUUUAUUGAAUAAACAUUAAAAACAAUUUACCCCAAUAUUUCUAAAAAAUA